AUGGAGACAGAAACAAGUCCAAAGAUUUUGAGCUUCAGAAUUAAUAGUAAUGUCAAUACUUUGAAUUCAGAUCUCAUACGCACAAAUUAAUGUCCUUUAGAUUAAUCAACUUCUAAAAUUAAUGAGUAUUUUAUAUUAUAUUAAUUCUUAUAGAUAAAAUAAGAAGAUACAAUAAUUAGUAGAAGGUGUAUUCUCAGAGAAUACUGAUAGAAACAAUUAAGAUUCAACUAACAAUACAAGUUGUAUUAGUAAUCUAUCACCACUAAAACCUAAAUAAGGCUAGAAAGAAUUUGAAAAUUAAUUCACAUUUGUUAGUCAAGAAGAUUCAUACAAUCAAUCACCAAUUUAAAAGUAAUCAAAGUAAGUUAAGACUUCUCGAUUAUCUAUAUCUAAUAAAAUAAAUACUAGAAAAUAAAGUUCAUCUUCUUCUAUAAAAGAAUAGAUUCAAGAAGAAAAAUAUUGUGGAAUUUGUGGACAAGCUGAUUAAUUUUCUAAUUUUAUUAGACCUUGUCUUUGUAAAUCAAAAUAACAUAUUCAUCAAUAAUGUGAAUAAAAGGAAUUUUGUGAAAAGUACAUAGAUAAUCAAUUUAAUAAAGUAACAAAACCAUUAUAAUGUGAAAAGUGUCAUUUUAAUUUUGUUAUAAAAUCUUACAAAGAUAUUAAUUUCACUAAUGCAUUUAAGGAUCCACUUAAACAUAGAAAGGUUCUAAUGUAUUUAUCUAUUAAUUUAUCAAUGUUAAUUCUAAUUACAACUUUGAUUAUAAUAUCUAUAUUAAAUAGAAUGUAAUUUAGAUAUCAUGUGGAAUAUAUUGCAGGUGUUAUUUUAGCUUGUCUAAUAAUGAUUGGAAUUAUAAUUGUAGUUACUUACAAUUUGAUUGAAUAUAUUUCUAAUGUAAUUCAAUAAUUUAAUUUUAGUUUACUUGGUAUAUUUUAGAUAGAGAACAAGCAAAAGUUAAUGAUAAUGGAAUUAGAAUGAAUUAAUAAACAUUAAAUGUUGCUUUAGAAAAUCAUUAAAAAAAGAAAUAAUAACUUUUAUAAAUGAUGGACUAAAUGAUAUCAAAGAAAGUACAUUCUGAACUUCCUAUCUAAAAUCCAGAAACUAUCAAAUGA